AUGGCGCAGGGGGAGCCGUGGGUCCCGGCCCCCGCGGCGCGGAUGUGCGGCGUCCACGCGGGGCGGCCGCUGGAGCUGUUCUGCGAGGACUGCGGGCGCUGUGUCUGCGCCCUCUGCCCGGCCCUGGGUCCGCACCGCGGACACCGCGCCUGCCUCUUGCCGCACGCCGUCCGCCACAAGCAGGAACUCAUGGCAAGGUGUUUGAAGGAUCUAGAAGAGAGAAAAGAGCAAGAAGCUGGUAACAGAAGGAGCGUUCAGCAGGCUGCUGAUGAUCUGAAGGCACAUGCCAUUAUGAGCAAAAGGCAGCUGUCAGACAAAGUGACUGAGCUCCAUUUACUACUUCGGGAAGAGGAGAGUCUGGCAAAAAAAUUCAUUGAUGAAAAGACAAAGCGAGCCCUGGAAGCACAUGAUCAGCAGUUGGAGUCCUGUCGAGAAAAGCUUGCAUCCCUGGAGACCUUCUCACAUCGAAUUAGACAAAUACAACAGCACAGUGAUCCUGUUCAGUUGCUGGAGAAGUACACAGAAAUCGAGAAGGAAAUGCAGGAGCCCAGGCACCUGUUAGAACAGUGGCAUCCGAUACCUCUCUCGUUUGAGCACAUACUUAACCAUUAUAAGCACUUCGUGACAGUUCUUCAGUCCAUUCUUCAGAAACCACUAGAAGCCCGGCUUAAAGAAGACGUUUUCAGUAGCCUUAAUGCCACUGCAAAGAAGGAGCCUGGAACAGUGUUGAAAACCAUGUCUCCUGUUGAUCGGUUGCUUUUCUUAAAACAUGCAAGAUCACCAACCUGGGAAUGUGACAGCAUUCACCCAAGGCUGAAAUUGUCCGAUGACCGUCUUGUAGUAAGCUGUAAUUGGAGGAGGAUAUUCUACCCUUGUUGUCCCCAGAGAUUCGAUAAAUUAUGGCAAGUGCUAAGCAGAGAUGCAUUCCUCUCUGGGAGCCAUUACUGGGAAGUUGACCUGCUUCAUGCUGGAGCAGGAUGGUGGAUUGGUGCAGCCUACCCUUCCAUUGGCAGGAAAGGAGACUCUGAAACCUGUCGACUGGGCUGGAAUAGAGCAUCUUGGUGCCUUAAGAAGUUUGAUUUUGAAUACUGGGCAUUUCACAAGGGGGAGAGAAUCCCCAUCCUGAUAGAAGAUGAUCCUGAUCGCAUUGGCAUUUUUCUGGAUUAUGAAGCAGGAAUCCUUUCAUUCUACAAUGUUACUGACGGCAUGGCUCAUUUGCACACCUUCCGCUGCAAGUUCACAGAACCAGUUUACCCAGCCUUGAGGCUCUGGGAAGGGUCCAUUGGAAUAUGCAAACUAACAUAAGGAACGAAGCAAAAUAAAGCCUACUAUUUCAUGCUUUUUCUAUGAAAGCCACUUUAGCAAUGAUCUACAUGAAUUAAUCUGUGUCAUAUGGAAGUUGUAACUGUGAUGCUUUUAGAAGGUAACAGUUAAGUACAACAAAAACAACCAAUUUUUAAUGUAUAUGCAUUUUUCAA